ACCGUCACCUGGAAAACCCAACUUGACCGCGGCACAGGUGUGCGACAUCCCCAAAAAAAUUGUGAAAGAUGGGGAAUGCAGUGACACAGCAUCACACAAAAAUUUCAGAAUCUGAUUUGAUCUCUGGAGAGAGAGAGACAAAAAAGAGAGAUUUUUGCUUCGCUCCACCCCAUCGCCGCCGUGGCGGGCACCCCAAGCACGAUCCGCCGCGGCACGUCCUUGUAGAAGCCGCCAGGGACCACAUCCUGGUACACGCACGGCGCCGUUCGUGCAAUCGCGCUUGACCGUUCGAAGCUCGAACCAGUUCCUCCACCUCCCUCGCGGCGGUAGGCCUGCACCUUCGCCGGGCAUCGGAGACGGCCGAUGCAUGUUGAUCUUGCGCGCGUGGCGCCAGCACGCGGGGCCGGGGCCAUCCGGCGGGAAGACGAUGCCAGUGCAGCCGGACAGGAGAGACGCGCGGCUGGCGACGGCGCGGAGCGGCUCCCUGUUUCCGCGAUUCGAGCCCCAGCCCCUCCUCGCUCGCCCCAGCGCCGUGCUUCGAGAGGACGCGAGCCGCGAGGCACGCGGGCGCGCAGCAGGAGGCCGGUGAGGCAGUCCGCCGCGUCCUCGCUCGCCUCGGCGUACAGGCGUCCAGCACGCGCCGCGAACUCUUCGUCCCACCAACCACCACAAGCGUGUAAGCAACGCCUCCCUUGAUCUCUCUUCUGCUAUUCAUUCUCUGCAACAUUCCAUCUCAACUGUUGUACUUAUGCUGUGGUCAUCGCGCAGUUGGAUGCAAAACGAGACAGGCCGGGUCAAACACAAGCACGGCAAAAAAAGGCAAGGCCCAAGUGCACGCCAUGGUGUCCGUGGCCCGAGUGGCUGCCGCAGUUGCCGCCGUUUCUGCAGCCACGGCCACGACUCCAAGACGGCCGCAGCCAUGGCGUCAGCCGCUGAGCUGCUAGCUUCACACUGCGCUGAGAUAGCGCAGCUCGCAGGGGCAGGUCAUGACCGGGUGUCCGAUCUGCGCGCGGUUGAUGCCACCAGCCCUGGUGAUCUCAUGACACUCACAGCAGCAGCGACAGGUCAUACUCAAGUUGAAGAGCAAACUCGUUGGAGGUGCACUCUCAAAAAACAACAAAAGUGUGGUUUAUGGUGUCUACAGUGAGCUCCCAACAUGGACUGAGCCAGAGAGAGGUUCACCAGAGAAGACAUGCUGCUUUGGCUUGAGUACAGCACAAGGCCUGAUUAAAUUCGAGUGUGACAGCAGCACAAAUAAAUAAAUUUGGGCUGAUGGUGUACAGAACCUCCUUCAACAAGUUGAUGUAGCUGAUCAAGUAGG